GACCGACCACUAGAGGGUGACGUACACAAAUUUCUACUCCAAUUAGUCAUAUAUCAUGAGGUACAGGUCAGAUUUCGGUCAUAACAAAUUAGUAUUUCUGUGCGGCCCGGAAGCAAAUGCGCCACGGACCGGUACCGGUGGCUGUGGAUCUCUGAAUCAAGCUAUCUCUAUUUACAGGCAAAUGGUGGAGUAGCACACAUAGACAGCUGUGGCGAUUGCUCUAAGACUACAAGGGAAGAUAAACUUCCCCCAAAAUGUCAAAAAAUAAAUGAUUAAAUGUAUACUCUAGUGUGCACAUGUCAUUGACUAAAUAUGCGUUGCAAUGCAUUCAACUUUUGUUCAGAAUUAGCUUCUUAUCACUAGUUAUGAUGCAACUUGCUUUUCAUUCAUUUGCACAGCUUCACAGUCCCUUAAACAGUGUGGACGCUGGUUCGUCUCCAGAGUUGAGAGUGCAUUGUUUCACUACAGCGAAACGGGACGAGUCAUUGGUUCCAGACUCGUUCUGCUACAAGAAAUUCUUCGGACUUUGCGGCCUCUCAUCCAAGACGCCCCAGGAGGUCAAAAAUGUCUUCCAGAUCCUGGACGAAGACAACAGUGGCUACCUGGAGGAGUCGGAGCUCAAGUUUUUCCUGCAGAGGUUCGUCCCCGGAGCGAGAGCGCUGACCGACGCGGAGACCAAAAGCUUCAUCUCGGCGGCGGACGACGACAGCGACGGCAAGAUUGGAGCUGAGGAGUUCCAGAUGAUGGUCCUGUCCUGAAUCCUGAACAUGAGGCUCUGCAGUUCUUGUUUCCAUUUUCAUUGAUUUUUUUUGUUUUGUUUUUGUUGACUUGUAUUUCAGUGGAUCUUCUAUGUUUAAAUCUAUUUUCCUCCCUUCCUCAUUUUAGACCAUGAUGAUUUCAGUCUGUCCUUCAAACCUGUAACAAUGAAAAAUUGACAUGUGUGGCAUCUGUUUAUUGAAAUAAAAUGACAGAGAUGAAUGUUGUCUUGACUUUCAACAUGUCUUCAUAUUUUGAUAUGCACAUAUUUUGAUAUUUCUUCUUCGGAAA